CAUCCGUUUAUUUCUUGGUCUGACACUAUUUCUAUCUAGAAUACUCGGGAACUUCUCAUAUCAGGGUUAAUUAGCCACGCCAAAUCACUCCCUGGUAUCUGCAGAUCACUCACACCAGACCUCGAGGCUGACACGAACAGUAUGCCCUGCUACCCCUAUAUUAGAUUAAUGUCCGUCAAACGUUGUAGGUGAGAUGGUGAACAGAUAAACAUCCAUGCGGUCUCUGCCAUGAGGUAUAAGACGGUGUGAGCAACUUGUGCGAUAUUCAUCCAGUUACGCAAGAAAUGCUUCCCCGUCAGCCAUAUCAUGGAUCAGUCCGCAAAUUGGUCCUUGCCUUCGACGUGGGCACUACAUACAGUGCAAUUUCCUACUGUAUACUUGAGCCUGGAGAAGUUCCAAAGAUCAAGUCUGUCACCAGAUAUCCAGCCCAAGAGUACAGCGGAAGGAAAUUAAAGAUACCCUCUAUACUCUACUACGAUUCAAAUGGAACUAUCCGUGCUAUUGGCGCUGAAGCACAGCAGGAGCAUAUCAUCGAAAGGGCCGAGGAAGAAGGAUGGAUAAAGCUAGAAUGGUGGAAAUUGCACCUUCGGCCCAGGACUUUGGCCGCCAACCAUAUCAAUGACGACGACAUCCCACCACUUCCGCCAGGCAAAAAGGCCACUGAGGUGCUUGGCGACUUCAUGCAAUACCUCUUUCGUUGUGCACGCAGCUAUAUUGAGGAGACUCAUCCGAGCGGAUCUAAUCUUUGGCGGUCACUCGAGAGCUGCAUCGAAUUUGUCCUUACACAUCCAAACGGCUGGGAAGGCCCGCAGCAGAAACAGAUCAGGCUAGCUGCCGUCCUUGGCGGUCUCAUUCCCAGCACAGAAGACAGCAUGACACGUGUACAUUUUCUGACCGAAGGAGAAGCGAGUUUGCAUUACUGUGUCGAUAAUACCCUGGCCUCAGAUGCACUGUCGAAGACACCGAUACUUGCAUCUGAUGAUGGCGAACAUGAUGACAGCUCGCCAGGCCAAGGCGUUGUUGUCAUCGAUGCAGGAGGAGGGACAAUCGAUCUUAGUGCCUACUCGAUGACUUUAUCCCCGACGCUGAUCGAGGAGAUUGCUGCAGCCGAAUGUCGACUUCAGGGUUCUGUAUUCGUGACUCAUCGUGCUCGCGGUCUUCUUCAAGAAAAACUAUCCGGCAGUCGUUACGGCGCACCGGAUAUGAUCCAACAAAUCACAGAUAUCUUCGACAGCACUACUAAGCUUAGGUUCCGCAACCCGGAAGACCCGGUGUACAUCAAGUUCGGUACCAUCCGCGACAAAGAUCUUCAGCAUGGUAUUCGCUGCGGUCAACUUAAAUUGAGUGGACAAGACGUAGCCAAACUCUUUGAACCCUCCAUCAGCAGCAUCAUCGAAGCUUUUGAAACUCAAAGAAGGGCUGCAGGUACUCCGAUCACAUUUGUAUUUUUCGUCGGAGGCUUUGCUGCGAGUGAUUGGAUGUUCGCCAAAUUGCAAGCGUACUUCCAGUCGCUUGAUAUUGGCUUCAGUCGACCGGACAACCAUCUCAAUAAAGCUAUUGCAGAUGGUGCUGUGUCGUAUUUCAUUGAUCAUCUUGUGUCAUCCCGUGUGUCCCGUUUCACAUACGGCACCGAGUGCAGCGUCCCAUUCGACCCAUUCGAUGUGGAGCAUCACGCCAGGCAAAAAGAAAUUUACCGAAAUGUCUCGGGAAUUCUUGCUCUGCCUCGUGCAUUUGCAUCCAUCCUGACCAAGGGUACACAGGUCUCUGAGCAGCAAGAGUUCAGUAAGACAUUCGCUAUCCGACGAUAUAGUCAGGCCGCAUGUAACCAAGUCGAAGUCGACAUCAUGUCGUACAGGGGCCUCCUCCCCAAACCGGAUUGGAUGGAUAUAGAGCGAAGUUUAUUCUCGACGUUAUGCACCGUCCGCGCAGACACAUCAAAAAUUGCCGAGAAACUCACACCCAAGUGCGCCGCCGAAGGUUCCACGUAUUAUGCGAUGGAGAUCAAAGUCAUUCUUCUCUUCGGGUUGACAGAAUUGAAGGCUGUGAUCAGGUGUGAAGACAGGGGAGAGGAAAUACAGUAAUUUCACAUCCUGACAUCUUCGUUUCAUAAUUCUGAUUGCAUUCACAGAACUCCAGCAGUAGUAGUUUACGACGAUGAGCAGGAAGAAGCUUAGUCGUUCUGUCGAGCCACCUUAUUCUCAUGCUAUGCAGUGAGUCCGCAGCAUCCUAUGGCUUCUCGAGGUUGUAAUUGUAUGCUCCUAUCUAAGGGUUCAUUUUCGGUUUGCCAAGCAUGUCAUUUAUUUCAUCUUCUGCACAAUAUGAUAUACCCACUUCUGAG